CAGCGUGUUUAGAGAAGCAGGUGAAAGUGAGGCCUCAGUGGGCGAGCGCUGGACCGUGCAGUGCCUCAGGCUCCCUGUGGUUCUCUCAGAAAAUGCUUAUAAGUGACAGGGGGUGCUCAGUGUCUAGACAAGACACAGGAAGAUGUGUUGAGAAGUGUCUUUAUCAUAAGCAGCAGAAGCGGGAAGAACUUCACACAGGUUUCAAUGAUCAUUGUUUUGUGAUCAUCAAUAUCUCUGCGAUUAGCGAUGGACUCUGAGCUCCUAACGCGCGGCCUCUUGUAUCUCUCUCUGGCUGUGGCAGGAAUCCCGGGGAACAUUGCCGUGAUCUAUGCCUUUCUGAUGGUGCUUCACCAUGAGCGGCGUCUCCUCACAGCCGAUGGUAUUGUGCUGCACCUGGCCGUGGCCAACCUGCUGGUGGUGGCUGUUCGCUGUGUGCUCGAAGUUUUCGCUACCUUUGAAAUUGUCAACGUUUUUGAUGACACCGGUUGUAAGGGCGUGAUUUUUGUGUACAGGACGGCGCGUUCGCUUUCCAUCUGGCUCACCUUCGUGCUAAGCGCCUAUCAGAGUCUGAGCAUCGCGCCCCCGGGUUCACUCUGGGCAACAGCUCGGGACCUUUUCUCCCAGUUCCUUUGGCUCAUCUUCUUGGUAGUGUGGAUCAUCAACAUCUCCGUUAGCUCACCAUCUAUCGUCUUUGCCAUUGGUGCCAAGAACACUUCUAAGCUCCUCCAGAACAGCAUCAACGUGCAGUUCUGUUUUGUCAAUUUCCCAUCAGUGAGCGUGAAGGAUGCCAAUGGAGCUGUGCAGACGGUCAGAGACGUGGUGCCCAUGACACUCAUGACCACAGCCAGCCUAAUCAUCCUCAUCUUCCUCUACAGACACAGCCGGCAGGUCAGAGCUAUCCGUGGCGGUGGUGGUGGAGCAGGACCAGGUGGAGGAGGUUCUUCAGAACGCAGGGCAGCCAUUACUGUGGUCACGCUGGUGACGCUGUAUGUUGUGUUGUAUGGAGUGGACAACGGGCUUUGGGUUUACACCAUCAUGGUAAAACAGACCAUGUCGUCUGCGCUCAUCUCAGACCUGCGGAUCUUCUUCUCUUCCCUGUAUGCUGCCAUGAGCCCCGUCGUCAUCAUCGUGUCCAAUAAGAAAGUGAACAGACAUCUGAGGUGUGGCAGUGAGGAGAAGAUUGCAGGCUGACCGUCACAGAUCAAACUGUCAGUAUUAAAGUCUGACUGCACCUUCAACAACACUCAACUACUGCAGUGCUGAACUAUUUAAUCAUUUGAAGGAGUGUGUGUGUGUGUGUGUGUGUGUGAACUGUGAUAUAAAGUAAAGAAACAUGAUAUUUUAAAACCUUAAAAAGAUAAGAAAAAAUACAUGUGUACUUUUACGUGACUGGAAGAUGUUUGAAGAAGAUUUUAAUUUUUGUGGACUUUACAGGCUCAGUAAUCCUCAUUAAUAUGCAUUUAUGCAAAGUACAUGCAGUGCAUCAAUUUUAAAUAAUUUAUUUUAUACAAUCCCUUCUUUUGUUUUUACUGAUUUGAUAAAAAUAGCAGGAACAUCAAGGACACAAAAGCAGCAGAUGUUUAAUAAACACAUUUAAAUUAUGACUUGAAAUGUUUUCUUGUGUAAUGUGUACUGCACUUAAAUCUAAACUACAGUCCUUAGCUGUGUAUUUACAGUCAAAAAAAUCCCGAGAAUGCGUAUCAGUCAGUGUGUUAAAGAUUUAACCAUGUGUCUGAGUGAUGUGGGGAAAUGUUCAUGCGAGACGAAGCGUGUGGAUUUGUGCUGCAGAGUAAAACUGUAGUUUUUCAGAUGUGAUUUAGUUGAAUGUUUGGGGUCAUUUUUUUUUCAUCUUUCACACAUAAUUUGUCUUUAAUAUUUUCCUGUGGACGCCCAAAAACCCACCAAAACGUCAGAUAUCAUUAAUAAAACAUUUAUUAAGCGUGAAAUGAGACGAUGUGUAAACUGCUCCCUUGUUCUGAGAAUCUCCUCCUGUGGCUUCUUUAACAGUGAUUAACACCUUGUGUCUUGUGCUGUGUGUGUGUGUGUGUGUGUGUGUGUGUGAGAGAGAGGGAAAUGUUCCACAGCUACAUCGUGAUCAUGGUUAAUUGCUUCUGGUGAAAAGGCCAGAAGCCCUCUGGGAGGAAAACGUCUUUCCCUUGCUGCUGAUUAAUGAGGAGAAUACAGACAUCUGACAUCAUAACAGAAUGAAGGCUGCAGAUCCUCAGAUGCAGGGCUGAUUUAAGGUGUGAUAUGUUUAUUGGCUAUAUAUGGUGAUUUGGUGUAGAUAAUAGUGAGUGUUAUUUCUAUAAAAAGUUGUUAUAAUAUAUUGCACUACAUCUCUCUCUCUCUCUCUCUCUCUCUCUCUCACUCUUUCUCUCUCUCUGUAUUAUUGACUCUUUGAUUUGUUACUGCACCUCACCUCUGCCAGGUAGAGAUACCUUCCUGUUCUACACCUGAAGUGUCGAAUUUAAAGCCCAGAAC